GUCACGUGACUUUUGGUUGGGAGCCACCAUUUUGGCAGUCAACAUGACCACCGGUGCCAGUGUUUUCUUACCGAGCGAGUAUACUUCUCAUUUUAAUUCAAGUGAAAUUCGGCUUUAUAGUACAAAAUUAGAGAGAUUAAAUAUAAGCGACCCAUAUAAUUCACCCGGUGUGCUUUUCAAGAGCAUAACCUCCUGCUCUGAAGACGAUGUACCCGACUUGCGCUACGCAGACAUCCACAGCUAUCUUGUAAGCUUUCCAUCAGUGUACUCAGGAGACUCCCUCAGAGCGUACAAAAGCUUGGAGGCUUACAAAUGGUGUCAGUCCGGCUUCGUAAACAACAUUCAACUGUGGAGUCUUACAUCCAAAAACUUCGGCAUCAUCACUGCAAGGGUUAAUCACUCCCAAAGGCUUAAUGAAAGUCAACUAAAGCCAUGGGUGGUGGUGAGGAACGACGGUGUUGUGCUGGGAGCCCACUGCAACUGCACAGCGGGACUCGGGGAGAGCUGCUCUCAUGUGUCAGCUGUUCUCUUCAGUCUGUGGGGAAAAAACAACGCAAGGCACGAGGAGAUCAGCUGCACAUCCAAAAAAUGCAAGUGGGCCUCUCCCAGUGAGGAUGCUGCGAAGAAUGUGGAGUACCUGCAGGGCAAGGACAUCAUAUUCAACCAUACUCAACAAAAUAAAAAGGGGAAUUCCACCAAGGGUACCUCUGCGCCCCCAUCUUUCCCACCCCUGACUGCUGCUGAGCAAACACAGUUCUACCAAAAUCUCUCACAGUGCCGGACUCAAGAUGGGAAGUACUGCAGACCUGCAGUCCUGUCAGUUGUUCGCGGGUACGCCACAUCCUAUGUACCCAAGGCUGUCAAGCUAGAUUUACCUGAACCCCUUACCAGUCUGUAUGACAAGAAGGCAAGAGACCUGAACCUGGCUGAAUUACAAGAGCGUGCAGAAGGAAUAUUUGAGGACUUGACUGUCACUGAAGAACAGGUACAUAACAUAUUCUGUUUACUAAUGACUGAAAUCUAAGAUCUACCAUGUUAUGUGCACGUGUACUGUGUGUGCGCUAUCUUGCAAUGUAAAUGAGAAACUGUUUGGAUUGCCAUGUUUUCAGAGUGAUAUUGUAGAGGAGGAGACCCAAGCACAGUCCAAGUCCAGAAUUUGGUUUGAUCAAAGGAGUGGUAGGGUGACAGGAUCUACCUUCAGAGCAGCAACAAGAACAGACCUCAGAAAGCCAGCCGUGUCUCUCAUAAGACAGAUAUGUGACCCAAAGUCCCAUGUUUUCAGCAGUGAGGCUACCAGGUAUUCAUGGGCAGAGAAUUCCAGCCAAUGUCAACAUGCAGUUGAACAUCCUAACAUACUCCAAAUAGCAUCCCAAAAGUUUCUGCCUUGUUGUAAGGUGUCAGCUGAUGUUCAUCAUCCCAAAAGUAAUGGGCAUAUGCAUUUGAUUACUUAUUGUAUGAAACAUUGUGACAUGUGCAUCAGCAGACACCUUACAAUACAGCUGUAUCAUGUGGGAUGAUAUAUGCCACAUCUUCAGGAAGGUACUGACAAGUCAAGGGUAGUGUGUGUGAGCAUUACAACUGCAUGUUGAAAUCAGCUGGAAUUUCCCUGUAAACUAAAAUAGGGUGUGCAGUGUGUAAUCUCUUCUAUGUAUGUGUUAACUUACUUACGUACAACAUAUGGUGUACAAGAAAAUUAGUGUGAGGUGAAUGAACAGAGAGGGUAAAUGCAGUAAGUACUAGGCUAUUCUUUAAAAAGAAGUGUAAAACAAUUUUAUCAAGAUAAGUAACAUCAUUUUCUUUCUCUAUGUCUGUGAAAGUUAUUGGCACAGUGCUUUGUAAGAUAGUAUAUUUCUGACGAAGUACUCCUAUGACUCUUUCGAUGUGAAUCCUUAAAGAGGCUAGAGAUCUUGUAUUCUCUAUGUCAGCAGGAUCUAACUGUGUUUUUCCACGAGUAAAUGCUGGAAUUUUUAAUUCAGCCUGACACCUUUCAACAGACUCUUUCACCAGAAACCCCCUGUCUGCCAAAACAACAUCCCCUGGGAGAAUAUUAGGUAAAAAAGUACUGUGUUCUGUAAUGAACUUAUCACUGGUGCGACCUCCCCAUCCAGUAGAAAUGAAACAAAUUGAACCUUGAGGGCAAAUGGCAAUUAAAUAUUUCAUGGUGUGAUGUGAUUUGUAUCUUGAGUAACACUGCGCACUGGGUCGCAAUCUACUUGGUUUCUCUAGAAAUAUUUCAAAGCAAUCAAUGAUACAAACAGUCUUCUCGUAGUCACCAUUUCUAAAUACAUAUGGAAGAGAUGUUCUUAAAGAUUCUCUUUCAGGCCACACCACUAGGCUUGGCACCAGUCUACAAUACAUCAAAUUAACACAGUUUUUGAAGUGCCUGGAGACAGUAGUUGGGUCGAUGCCAAAAUAAAAACCCAAAAAGUCAAAUGUUAAGUUCAUUCGAAGCUUCAUCAAAGUCAACAUGUAUUGUUGAAAACAUGUUAUUGAUGAUUUAACUUUGAGAAAUGGAGCCAGAUAUUGAAAAAUGGUCAUGAGACAUGCAUAGGUUGCCAGCCCAGUGAGGACAUUCACCUUUUUAUCAUUGUUAUUUAAACUAAUCUCUGUCAGGGUCUUCCUAUUAAUCUUUUCCCUUAACAACACAUUUUCAGCCCUUAGAGCUUGGCAUUCUUGCUCAAGACUCUGGAUGCGGGUACAGCAGGUUUCAGAGGUGCAUGGUGGUGUUACUGGUUCAGGCUGGACAGGAUCAUCGGCUGAGUCUUCCAACGGAUCUGUGAUGGGGGGCUCCUUCAAAGGCUCUGUGAUAUGGUCUUCUGGGGCUGCAUCAGUUGAUGUCCUGAUGAAAACACAGAAGCAGCAAAAUAAGCUUUCAUGCAUACAAUACUGAUGGCAGUUUGACAUGUUUACAUGUUUACAGUUUGACAUGUUUAAUGGAAAUCAUAUGAUAUUAGCCUUCAUUAAAUGACUGGUGUGACGUUAUUGUUUAUAACCAUAUCACGGCAGUUAACUAUUUGAAAUAAAAUAAUCUGAAUAACACACCGAUCACAAGUAGACCCAACAUGUAAUCAGACAGGAGUUUGAUCUACCCACCUUUGACGGAUGGCUUCUGCAGAUAUCUUUGCCUGCUCUACUUUGUGCAGUUUAGCCUUCUGCCUUCUGUUAAAAACCUCCAGUCUCGUUUUAUGUCUCCUCUUCUCUGGAGAUGGAAGGUAAUCGAAAAUUGAGGGGAUAAAAUCCGGACUCAACGGAUUAUCACUCUUUCUCCCUACAAAAUAAGAAGGAAUAUUUCAACACGGGUUUGUUUACCACUAGCUUGCUACAAGCUAACUUGCUAACUGGCUAGGCUGCGCCAGAGCCACACUUGUUGAGUUAAAAAGGGACAUCACAGUGUCCGUUAGCUAUAAUAACUGGGUGCUACUUCUUAAAUUAAACUAAUUAAAUUUAAUUAAACUGACCAGAAACUUUUUGUAGCAUUGUACUGUAUUCCUUCACCCACCUGAUAUGAAGUGAUCACUGCAUAAGCGAAAGCCAACGGCCGGGGGGGUCCCAUCUUUCAGUCUUUUUCUGAAGGCUCCUGGCUCUUUUAAUCGCUCCAAUCCACUUCUCCCUCCUCUCCGCGUCUUUAGGAAUGCGAUAAUACGAUACACCUUUCUUUUUCCCACGCCUAUUUGUGCAACCUGGUGCACAGCAGUUAUCCACCAUCCUUGACAGUCUGCCAGUGCCUGUCAAUUUACUGCCGCGAUGACUGCCAAAAUGGCUGCCCCUGUCGUAUCUCGUCACGUGACCAGCAUAUAUGACAUCAUCUGCA